AUGCAGGGAUUCCGCGAGGAUCUCAUUCACAGAACUGAGCUAUUGAAAUUCAAGGAGACUCUUCUGAAAGAUCAACUUAACACUUUUAGAUUGCUAGAUUCUAGUGUUGCUGAUCUCACGGAAAAAUAUCGUGUAAUUUGUAGCGAGACCGUCGAGCCAUCAACAGCGCUGCAAGUUGACGAGCUGAGGAAGCAGAUAGCAGAUCUGGACGUCGAAAAAUGUCACUUGAACGAUCUGAUCCAGCAAAGCGAAUCAGGUCUCAAUGAGAAAAAGCAAGUUGCGCUCGUCCUAGAUCAGCAAAACACAGCCUUGCAAGAUCGAAUCUCGCAACUAGUUCAAACAAAUGAGGCCAAACGAACCUUGCUCGCCACGGCUCGAAAUGAUUUAGCAAAAAAGCAAAAAGAACUUGCCGAAACCAAGGAAAAACUAGCAGAGCAUGAACUGCUAGUACAAUCUCUAGCACAGGAAAGAGAAAGAACUGAGCAGGCCUACAUUGACCAAAUCGAGACGAAAACAAAGGAGCUUUCAGAAUUUUACGAGCAGCGUUAG